AUGAUCACAAUGUUGGUAAAAAUCAUUCUACCAUGGUUUUUCAUGACCAUCUCCUUGAUCUACCUAUGGCUCACCAUCUUCAAACUCGUCAUCGUCGGUGACGUCAAGACCCUAUCGUCUUGGUCUGCAUUCAAAGAGGCCUGGUUCGGCGAGUUCUGGAAGUUCAUGGGCCCCAAAGCCAAAGCUAGCGCAGAGGAUAAAGUCUUACCGCUCCUUGAGGGUCGAAUUCGGAACGGCCGGGUAUCCGAAAGAGGCGUCAGCAAGCCUAUCGAAGGUGUUGUCCUCGAAAUCGGAGCCGGCAGUGGGAUGUGGACCGAGUCGCUCGCUACCAUUGUCCGGUCCGCCAAGGCCGAGUCCCGUGCAGCUCCGACCAAGAUCUACGGCGUCGAGCCGAACCCGGUGUCCGCUGCAUCACUGAAGCGACGUGUCGAAGAGGUCGGCUUGAAAGGGACCUACCAGGUUGUGCCGGUGGGCAUUGAGGAUCUGCAGAAUGAGUCGGCUUGGGGCGGACGGAUCGGACCAGGUAGCGUCGACUGCAUCAUGACUGUCCAGUGCCUCUGCAGCAUUCCGGAGCCGGAGAAGAACAUACGGCUGCUUUACAACUACUUGAAGAAGGGCGGCCGGUGGUACGUCUUUGAGCAUGUCAAGGCGGAGCAAGGGCUACUCAUCCCACUUUUUCAACGUGAGAAACCCUCUCUCUAUACCUUCGGGUAUGCAUCAAACUGA